AUGGCACUACGGAAUUAUCUUUAUGCAAAGCAUGAUCCCAAUCUUGAAAUAAGUACCAGGAUUAACAAAGCAUCAGCACCUGGGCAAACAACUACAAACCACAUGCCAUCAUCAUCUACUACUGCUCCAGCUAGACAUACAAUUCCAAGAAACGCUCAACACCAUCAUGCUCAAGAACAUGCAUUUCUUUCUCAACAAGUGAAUAAAGUGGCUCGAGACUUGAAUGAUUUCAGCCUAGAUGGAAAGAAUUGCACUAAACUGUGUGAAUCAUGCAAAUGUGAAAAGGAAGGUAAAGGAGGCAACAGUUUGGAUGAAACGGUAAGCCGUCACGGUAAUGUCCAACCAAGUUUAAGAGUGGAAGUGGCUGAUAAUGAGAUUGAUUUCACUAAUGCUAUAUGA